AUGGCUGACCAGGGUCCGCUUUUAACAUCGUGCAUCAUCUUUUAUUUGUCUAUUGGGGCUGCGAUAUUCCAAAUUCUCGAGGAGCCCAACUGGGAAAUGGCCAGGAUUAAGUAUUCUCUCCAAAAAGAACAGGUUUUGAAGAAGUACCCAUGCCUUGGGAAAGAAGAUCUGGAAGAAAUUCUGAAGGUAGUUUCAGAGGCUGCAGGCCAAGGAGUGCUGAUCACUGGGGACAAACAUCACAACAUGUGGGACUGGGGGAACUCUGUCAUCUUUGCAGCGACUAUUGUCACAACAAUAGGUUAUGGUAAUGUCGCCCCAAAAACUAAAGGGGGUCGAGUGUUCUGCAUCCUUUAUGGUCUGUGCGGCAUUCCACUGUGUCUGGUAUGGCUAAGUAAGCUGGGUUCAUUUUUUGGAGACAGGGCAAAGCGUCUGUCCGAAAUUCUCAUCCGCAAAAAUGUGCCAGUGAAACGUGUUCAGCUUAUUUGCACAGCUAUUUUCCUGUUAUGGGGGCUCUUUGUGCAUCUGGUGAUCCCUCCACUUGUUUUCAUGUCCCUGGAAGGAUGGAGCUACUUAGAAGGCCUCUAUUUUUCUUUCAUCACCCUUACAACUGUCGGCUUUGGAGAUUACGUGGCAGGUGUGAAUCCAAACAUUGAAUAUCCGAGGUUAUACAGGGUGUUUGCAGAGAUUUGGAUCUACAUGGGUCUGGCAUGGCUGUCUCUAUUCUUCAGCUGGAAUGUAAACAUGGUCGUGGAAGCUCACAAGGUGUUUAAGAGAAGACGAAACAAACGGCGGCCAUUCUACGAUGACGAACCUCAGCCUGAAGAGGACACCCCGAAGUCAGACGCGAAGAGGCCGACCGCUAUUGAUAUUUUUAGCUUCCUAUCAGAAAAAGAGGAAGACUACAGUACUGUUAUCAAGGAAAUUGGAUUGCAAGCAAAACCAAGUGCCAAAGACGUUUUCAACCGGUCCAAGAGCUGCAGUGACAUCGUAACCACUAACAUAGAGACGCUGGAUCACUCGCCACGACACAGAUGCCUGAAAAGCAUUAGUGAAGUAUUCAUAAACCCAAAGGGCGAUGAUUGCCGACAAAACUCUACAACAACAGAACCAGCAGAGUGUGUGAAAGCCGAAGAGGGACUCAAUGAAGUUAACAAAACGAAUGAUUCAUCAAUUGAAGGCAUUAUAUUUACUGUGCCAACUUCAGGAAGCACACAGGGAAAAACUGUGGAGCCAAGUGAUUGUUUUAAUCGGUUUAAAAUUUCUAAAGUAGAAGAAGAAGAUGCAUUACUUAAUCAGGAUGAAAAGGGGUAA